AUGUCUAAAGAUAACGCGAAUCUACGGUUGCUGGGAUCGCCGGUGAAUUUAUCGUACAGGAAUAAGAAGAAAGACGACAGAAAAAACAUACGCAAUAGGCCUAGGUCUGCUCUUCAAAAUUCUUGUUUCACACCGGAUUUCCAAGAAAGCUACAAGCGGCCAUUCUCUGCAGAUGCUAAAGAGAGAGCACCGUCUACCAGAACUUUUUUGAAAACUUUCAGUGCAGAGCUUCUUGAGUCAUAUAACAUCUCAGCUACCACUAUCAAAGUCCUACCACCUACAGCGCACUUACUUGGAGACACCAAAAUAAAUAACAAGCAAUAUGCUAGAAAAGAUAAAGACUUAUGCAGCAAUGCCUCAGACUAUGGCUCUGAGGACACUUUCAUUAGCCUAGGAACAAAAAUCAAAGCUAAAGCACAACUAAGCCCUAACCCUAAGCCUAAAAACAACAAUCAGAAGUUUCUCAAAUAUCGUAACAUAGCCAGAAAGGGCCGUAGAGUCAUGGAUGCUCCUGUAAAUGAAGAUAAAACAAAUGAAUAUGGUUUAGAAGUAAAAAUCAUUGAGAAAAGACCACCAUCACCAACAAAAAGUAGAGAUGGCAACACUAGGUGUUUGUCACCUUCGUUUAAAACUAGGGCUUACGAAUCAUACUUUGUUCCAUUAGAGCCUGAUGAGCACAACCCUUUAGCAGGUAGGGUUUCAUUUGGAGAAAAGCAAGACGUGGAAAACGCCAUUGAUGUAUAUUCUAGACGUCUCAUGCAAACUAAGCAACAACUGUCUUUAGUUGAAGAGGAGUCUACGCAAGAUUUAGACAGUGUCCCAUCUAAUAACCUUCUAAGUUUGUCUCCAGAAAAUUCUUUGGGAGAGCUUAAAAAUAAAGACGCCGAUGAUACUGAAGGUGAUCUGACUGGCAGACAUACUUAUGAUGAUGAUCAAAAAGAAGAAUAUCCUAAAGCUUCAGAUUAUAUAGCUGAAGCUCGGACUUACAAUAGCUUCUAUGAUGAUUUUCGUUCAUGCUCAGUUGACGAUCAUAAGUCCAAAAUGUCUAGCACCAUAGCUCAUACUGAUUCCUCAUCAAAAGAUUCAGGUUACCCAAGCAGCGCAAAUGAUGACAAAUGCUACAAGCAAGGAUACUCCUUACCAACCACUUCGAUUUUAAGAAAAUCAAACUCAGAUAAUAAAAUUCCUGACCAACCUAAAAGUUUAGAUAGCAUUUCUACGGCGAGCAACGAGAAAUGUCCCAAGGUAUGGGCUGAACCUUUGAAUCACAGCAGACUGUUGUACAAAGAUUUCUUCCUAAAGAAAGAAGGGCAUAUAGCUGUGCCUCCCAGUAAUUCUCCAAUCCGUCCAAUGAAACACGAUACUUUCCCAAUUCCCGGAAGUAGUGAUACUAAAGAAACUAUAAAAACAGAAAAAAAGGAAAAUCUGGAAUAUCCUACCUACCUUCUCAACAGUAGCACAAAAGCGUACACGUCCAAAGUUAUUGAAGAUUACAAGAAGGAAUUAGAAGCUAUUAACAACUUACAUGAACUUACUAUUAAAGAUAUGCAAACUGAUGCAAUUUCUCCAACACCUCUGAAUAUAGACAAAAUGUUUGAGCAACAUUCAUAUUCUCCUGAAGAAAAGGAGCCUAAAUCUAAUGUGAAAGAUGAUGAAAUUAGUAAUAGUAAUAAUCUAGAUGUUAGAAAGAAGAACGUAUCUAAACUAACAACUAAAGAACUGAUUCAGAAUUACUUAAAGGUAAAAGGCGGAAAUACAAAAGAAUUUGCUAAAAAUCUUAAGAAAUUUGAGAAUAUUGAAGCAAAGUACAACUGGAAUAAUAAAUCUACAAUAGAGAAACGCAGUGCACCAGUUACAAGAAAUUUAACUCAAAGGAACAUGUUCACUAUUAAGGCCCCAAUGAGUGCCAGAAUUGAAGGAGUCAAUAACGAUAAAGACAUUGAUUCUUGGAUGUCUCUUUCUGCGCCUUCCCCUAGAGUUCUUCAAUUAGAAGAUGUGGACACACCUCCGGUAUCAGAAGAUAAAACUGAAAAUGAAAUUACACCAACUGAGGCGGUUCAAAUUCAAGAAAUUAAAGAACCUGAAGAGACUGCUCCUGUUACUCAAGAACCUGUGAAACCUAAAGAGUUGACUUCAAAUUCGACUGUUUUAGAUAUUUAUUCGAUGUUGAAAGACAUUGAGAGUUUCGGAGAGAAUCCAGUGACGUCUGUUACUAGCGCUAAUGUUGCAGAAACUCCACAGAAAGAAGUCAAGGAGGAAAAAGAAGUUACUCCUAAGGAUAAUUUUAUGGAAAUCUUCGAAUUCUUAGAGAAAGUGGAACAGAGCGCUAAUGAUGCUCUUUCAGUAGUUACCAGCUCUACUCCUCAGACUAUUCCCAAAUUGGAGGCCCUACUAAAGUUGCCACACACAGAAAUUGCCCAAAGACUAGUAACAGCGUCCUUGCAAUUAGAGGAGCGUUCCUGCUGCAUUGCUUUGUUGCAAGAAAGUUUGGCAAACCAUAAAGAACAGAUGAUUAACAAAGUAAGCAAUUUGGAGAAGCAAUCGAUCCGUAACAUCAGCAGAGUGAAGGCGGAAUGCGAGGAAGCGAUCAAGAGACACCAGGCUUUCAUAGACCAACUGAUUAACGACAAGAAGACCCUCAACCACCGAAUCGAGCAGUUAGUUGACGAACGGCGCUCGCUCGAAGAACGUUGGAAACGAUCCGCUCAAGCUUUAGAAGAUCGCUACAAGCUAGAACUGAGGAAUCAGCAUGACAAAAUGGCCGCGGCUCAACAGGUGGCAAGGCAACGCUGGGUCAGGCAAAAGGCAGAGAAAAUUAAGGAAUUAACAGUAAAAGGCCUAGAAGGAGAACUCCGUGAGAUGGCCGAACGUCAACAGAAAGAGAUAGCAGAUCUAAAAAUGCACCACGCAGAACAGUUAGGACGCGCGCAAGCCAAACAUUGUCAAGAGUUAGAGGCACUACGAAGAGACCUUGAGGCAGAAAAAGAAGCUGCCUUGGUGAAGGAACGUCAACUAGCCAGCUCCAGACUUGAGAAGCAGAUCCUGGAACUAGAGCUGUCGUACCAGGAGCAAAGGAGGCGGUUGGUGGCGGAAAUGCGCGCCGAGAACGAGCGCGUCGCUUGCGGCCUGAGCGAGAGGGAGAAACAGCAGAAAGAGUGCUUCGAUAAAUGGAAAGAAGAGCAGGAAAAUUUCCUCGAAAACAAGAAACGAGAAAUGGAACAACAGAUCUUGAAAGAAAGAGAGAAAAUGCAGGAAGAAAUGAAAUUAGACAGAGAAGAAUUAGAACAAGAAUUCGAACAACACAAGAAAGAAUUUGAAGCGGAACAACAAUUAGCGCUAAAAAAGAAAGUGGCAGAGAUAGCAGCGCAGCACAAGCGUGAGCGAGAUAGAGAGAUAGAAUGCGCUAUAGAGAGAAUGGAAGAAGAAGCCCAGGCGGGACGUAAGGAGUUGCAGGAGGCUAUAAGGAGAAAUAAGGAGCAGCAUGAAUGCGAGCUCCGUGAGUUAGCAAAGACUGAGGAAGCGACGCUGCGCCGGUACCAAGAUGUCUGUGCGCGCUUACGGCAGGCGGAGGAUCGAUGUGCUGAAUUAGAAAUCGCAAUCACGCAGCUCGAAACUAGGAAUAAAGUUAUUACCGAGAAAAAUAGUCAACUGGAAGCUUCGGCCGAACACAUUCGCACGUGCUGCGAGCAAGUGUGGGAGCAGCGCGUCGAAACAUUAAAGAAAGAGAUGGAAGUUAUGAAGAAAACGCACGAGGAACAGAUGCACCAGUUAUAUGCCAAAGUAAAAGUGGCAGUAGCGCGCAAGGAUUCCGCUAUCCAGGCGUUGACACGAGAAACUGCCAAGUACCAGGAGAAGGUAGCCAUGUUAGAGCAGAAACUGCAGCAACAGCGGAAGGAUUUCCUCAAACAAAAGUGAGCUUUAUCAAUCAGAGUUAAUGUUGAUUCUAGACAACUAAAAUGUACUCUAUAAAUAAAACCAUACUGAAGCGAAAUCUGUAAAAGUGGCGUAAUUACUCAGAGGACGUAAAAAUGACUCUUAUAGAGAUAACAUCAUGCCGUUUAUUUAAAUAGUUGAAUAUGUCUGACGAAUGUUUUACGUCUGUAAUGUAAUGUUUACAUUCUUGCUUGCUCAAUUAUUUUUGCUCAUGAGAGUCAUGAGUUUGUCAAAAUAAAUUAUAAUAAUAGA